AAAUGAGACUGAGGUCAUACCCACCGGACCAAUCCAUUAAGAGCUUUCCUGUCUUCACGUCCGUGUUGUUCACACACACUAUAACCAGAUCAUUAGCCUUGUUCUCAGCAGAAAGCCCACCUCUUCUCCGGUCGCUCGUUACAGACCUCAACCGCUUUCACUCCGGUGCAUGGCCCUCUUCGGCAGUACCAACCGUCUUAGCGAGGUAGCUUUGACCCGCUUUCCUGCCUUCGCGAGGGCUAUCGACUACCGUUCCGUCUACGGCAGCAGCAGAUCCGCUGGACUCGCACGACAGCUCUCCUCAUUGUAUCGCAAUCCCUUGGCCAUUAGAAGUCGAGACGCCUGCUGCAGCCUUGCAGUUCAUCUUUGCGCGUUUGUUCUCUUACUAUCACGUUCCUCAUGGGGAGCGGCUGUCAAACACUAUGCGGUGCAGUAGGCAAGGUGUCAGUUAAGGCCCUUUGCAUGGUGAGCCCCUCAGUAGCUCCUUGGCAAUAGUCUGACAUGCAUAGGCAAAAAGGAGAUAUCGAUCACUUCGUCCGGGAGAACGACAAGCUCAGCUAACACCUCGCUGUCAGUAUGCGUCGACUUGGCCAAACUCCGCAAAUGGCUUGCCACCACGCAGUAUGAGAGGGGAGGGGUGGAAAAUGCCAUCGCCAUCAACCUUUUGGUUGACAGAGACAACGAAUCCUCCCCGUAGCUCGUUGCGAAAAACUUUGCGCUCGAUAUAG